GUCUUUAGGACCAACAGUGUUUUUAUGAAAAAAAAGCCUCAACCAGAAACUUGGAAAAAUAUUAGCACAAUAACUGGUUUAAAAAGAAAUAGCUUGGAAAAGUAAAAAAAGUCUUUUUGUUACAGAGCAAAGCUUCAUUAAAGCCUACAAGCGAGGGGCUAGGAGUACAGGCCAAAAAGAAAAGCAAUGAGAGUACUGCAUAUUCUGGUCACCUUGUAAUGAAAGAAAACGGAGCUGACCAUGACAUUGCUACGGAAGGACCUAACGAUUUGUUCGUAGGCAACUGCGAUGGUGCAGGAGAGUCCGAGACAAAUGAUCAGGUUUUCCAGCAUCUAACGUGCAUGGAUUCCAGGGACCCACUGUUUGGCCAGAGUGACUCUCCUGCUGCCUUGCCCAUCACAGUCCACCUCUUAGGCAGUUCUGCAUCCUCGGCUGUGCCGGCACGGCCACCCCAGCCACGGGCUCCCUCUGCAGAGGAGUUCCAGCUGGCAGACCAAACCAGGCAGCCUCUCUGUGAGCUGCAGCCCCCAGGAGGGCCCAGUGCACCCAUGAUGAUUGUUGCCAGCCAGUCAGAAAAUGGACAGGUGCUGCAUGUCAUUCCUUCUGCUCAGCCAGGAGUGACCCAAGUGAUUAUUCCUCAGGGUCGGCUUCUGGAUGUGACCAGCACGCAGGAUGCUUCAGAAGAGAACUGUGGUGAUGGGAACCUGCAGACUGUGGUGGUGGCUGCUAUAGCAGACAGUGCAAGCAGUUACAUUCUACACCCACAGGCAUCUCUCACUGUAUCGAAAAAAACAACCACCAGGGUAAUGGAAGAUCCUUUUCACAUCCCUCACCAGCCUUUGCCACUAAAUACCCCUGCAUGGGCACGCUGUCUCAGGAACUGUGAGAAAAUUGGGGACUCGUACCGCGGCUAUUGUGUGAGUGAGACAGAAUUAGAGAGUGUUCUAACGCUACACAAGCAGCAAACACAAAGUGUGUGGGGGACACGCCAGUCUCCAAGCCCAGCCAAACCCGCCACACGGUUGAUGUGGAAAUCUCAGUAUGUCCCAUAUGAUGGGAUCCCCUUUGUCAAUGCAGGAAGCAGAGCCAUUGUAAUGGAGUGUCAAUAUGGGCCAAGGAGGAAAGGUUUCCAGCCCAAAAAAGCUGGUGAGCAGGAAAGCACCUCUGGCCAUCUGUACAAAGCCACUUGUCCAGCAAGAAUCUAUAUUAAAAAGGUUCAGAAGUUUCCAGAAUACAGGGUUCCUACUGAUCCUAAAAUUGACAAGAAAGUCAUAAGAAUGGAGCAGGAGAAAGCAUUCAACAUUCUGAAGAAGAACUUGAUAGAUGCUGGCGGUAUCCUCAGGUGGUAUGUACAGUUACCCACUCAGCAAGCCCACCAAUACCAUGAAAUGGAAACAUCCUGCCUCCCUCCUUCACCCUCCCAUUUUCCUGUGUCUUCUCCUGAGGAGGAGGAGGAGGUUGUUAGAGAUGAGAACUGUGCUCUGCCUUCUCGACUUCAUCCCCAAGUGGCAGACAAGAUCCGAGAACUGGUGUCUCAGGGAAUAGAGCAGGUCUAUGCAGUGAGGAAGCAACUAAGAAAGUAUGUGGAAAGAGAGUUAUUCACGCCUGAUGAAGUGCCAGAAAGACAUAAUCUGUCCUUCUUCCCCACUGUGAAUGACAUCAAGAACCACAUUCAUGAAGUACAGAAGUCCCUAAGGAAUGGAGAGAUGGUGUAUAAUUCAGAAAGUAUCCCAGCAAUGCUGCAAUGGACCACAGACAGUGGGAAUGUCCUCACAGAAACAGUGACUGUUACAUUUGCCUCACCACCUUCAGAUGGGAGCUCAGGAGGGGAGUCAGUCAUCACCAAAGCAGAAUCUAACCAGACUGGGGAGUCCUUGCCACCAGAAACAGCUCAGCUGUUGUCUUCACUCUCUUCACUUCAGCCCAAGAUAUUUGCACAACUUCAGGGAUUACAGCUGCAGUCAGCAUUUACCUCCACAAAUGGAUCAACAGCCCUGAUAGCUGUAAAUAACCAUUCCCCUCCCAGCCCUGCAAGUCUCCUGGAUUCCCUAGGGAGUGCAAUAACCAGCCAUUCUCUAACACUUAAUCAGGGACAUAACCUGCAAGCAAGUGCUGGCCUAACACAGCACGGUGCUGCUGCCUCUGCUUUUGGGACUCCACCUGGCUCUGAUCAAAGUCUGGCUGCCAUGGGCCAGUUGGUACCAGCUGGAGGCGUAAAUGACUCCAGAAGCCUGCAAGGAGUCCAUCAGAUUCUCUUGGGAGAUGUACAGACUAUUCCAGUUCAGAUUGUGGACAACCAGCCAGCACUUACUGAAGAAAAUACGGAGGGUAUUACCUGUGUGAGCCAAGUUAAACAAGAGCCAAGAGAAAAAGCGUUGUCUAUGGAGCCAGAUAAAAUCAGAGACUGCCAUAGUUCCUCACCAUAGUUCUUCACCUACACCUGUGAAGCCUGGAAGGAUUUUUCAAAUUGGAGAACUCUAAUGUCUUGGAAGGAAAGGCAGGUGCUCUCAAAGUCCUGCCAUUCUUUUUUAAUUGUAUUGUGACAUUUAGACUAAGCAUACUUUAGAGUUGUUCCGACAGAAAGCUGUUUUGAUUUGACUGAUGUGGCUCACUGCCAGUUCCAGGUCAUUCAGUUGCCCUGUGGAACAUCACCUCUCUCUUCUGUUUCAAGCUUUGAGUAAUUUGAUUGCUAUCCAAAUGGCCCAUUUUGGUUAAUGUUUCUGAAGGUCUUCCACGGUUUAAUUCCUUAGCUUUAAAGUGUGGAUCACAAUGCUGGGUUUGCUUUUUCUCCUUGAGACCCUCGACUGUUGUUGCACUACAGAGACCAUAGAAUCUGUCAGCUCCAAGAUCACAGAAUCCAAUGGCAAAGUUGAUCAGUAUGGCAAUGGUUUUGUGACAAAAUGAAGGUCAGGAUGCUAAACUGCAAAGUGAUAAAGAACAUGGAUGCUUAAGAAAAUGCAACUUCGACCUGAUCAUAAUGUUAAUGGUGUGAAGAUCAAGGAGAGGAGAAAGGUGAGGCUGCCAGGUGAAUGUAAGAUGAAGAAAAGAGUGUGAAUUGUAAUGGUGAAUGUUUUCAACUUUGACAUCUUUGAACUUGUGUUCUGGCUUUAUGAUGAGGUUCAUUGCUGCAUGCAGCCUUCCUUUGCAGUGGUACUGUGUUAGCAGUCGGUCGUAACAACUAAAUGCAGGAGUCUUGUCUCAUGGAGAAUGAUGGAUGCUGCCAUUUCAGCUUACCUGUCGUUUGCUUUAUGCACUUAAAGCUGCCAGCUCAGAUAAAUGUGAUUUAACCUGCUGCUGUUCAUGAUGUAGGGCUUGUAAUGUAAGCAUUCCUAACAAGCCCAAGAAAACAAAGCGAUAUAAAUCCAAGCAAUAUGUCCAAAUGUGCUGUCACUAAAACAUUCAGAAAACAAACUCAUCUUUUUGAACAGUGACAUCUUCUAAGACUAAAAUGGUCCAUGUCAUUAAAAUAAUUAGUAGGAAUCUUUAGAAAUUGAAUGUGAUAAAAAAAUUAUCUUUUAGCAAUAUUUAAGUCAAAGCCAUAAUAAGUGACAAGCACUGAGUUGUGUAAUCUGUGACAGAGGUGUUUCUUUAUGUUUCUUUGGGCAGACAUGUCAAUUUAAAGCCCUAAAUGAAAUUAAACUGAUACCAACAUAGAUAUCAAGGUAAACAAUUACAUUGUUUGCUUCAGAUGAUGAAUUCCGAGAGCAAUAUUCAGAGUACUUCGUAUACAGCAAUAGGAGCAGUUCCGUUAUUAGUUCCUACUUAGUGGUCGAGAGCUUGAUCAUAAAAUUACAAGGUUUUUUUCUGUAUGCUGUGGAAGAAUGCAGUCUGGGAACUUUUCUGUUUCUAUGACUUGAAAACAAACAAACAAAAAAACCCCAGGAAAAUGAUUAGUUUGUUUAUGUAGAGUAGAAAGUAUUGCAAAUAUUAUGUGAACCAAAAUAUUUACAUUUUUAAAUUGUUACAUUUACUAACUUACAUUCAAGCAUUCACAAACAUCAUCUAAAUAGUGGACAUUUAAAAUUAUUUUUUCAUUUUCUUUUGAGCAUUGGAACUAAAACUUUCAAAAAUCUUACACUGAACUUGUGUUCCAAAUGCCUUUAUGUGCAGCAUUUGUUAGGUAGGUUAAGACUAUAUCUUAGUCUUAACAUCCAUUAACUCCUGUGAGGUUAACUAGCAUUGUGAAUGCUCUUUGUUUAAAGCUAAUGUUUAUGGGUUAGCUCCCAUUAGAACUUUCCUACAGGAUCACACUCUUAUUAAAUAAGAGCCAGUAUUUUAUCAUGCAAGUGCAUAAAAAAAUCUCUUUUUUUUUUGAACCUCUCAUAUUUAGUUUCUGCACUGAAUUGUUUUGUGGUAUAUCCUACUUGUUUCUGGCUAAAGACAAUUUCACAAGGUGCACCUGGGGUUUUUUUUGGACUUCUUGUUUUGUUGGGUUUGGUUGGUUUGGUUGCUGUUGUUGUUAAUUGUGAACAUUUGUCCAAAAUGGAUGUCCUCCGCUGCAGUCAUAGUUCUGGAGCACUCAGGUAGCAGCCACUUUUUCUUUUCCAACUCAAUAACUGCAUACCAGAACAGGUACCUCCUUCUGUGUUUCUGUAUUCAAUGAUUCCAUCACCUUUGGUUUUUCUUAGAGUUUAAACCAGUGCAUUCCAGACUAUCUUAUCUUUCUCAUAUGUUAUAUUGCUCAUUUUUUUUGAGAAUUUUUCCUCAUUUUUUAGAAUACUUAUUCUCAAAAGAAUAAACUACAGCCAAAGAUUACCAGCAAGAUGUUAUUUCAGUUUUAGUUCUCUUCAAAGCAAACAAUACGUUUAUGGUUGGAGUGAAAGCUUAAGGAAAGAGAAGUUACAUUUCCAUCAGUUCUUGCUUAGUUCCCUCAUUAACAUUUCUGUUCUUUAACAGUCACUGUUCUUUCCACCAUAAGCUACAGCCUCAUCCUGUGCUGAACAAUAUUUCUGACAGUACUUCUAUUUUUGGCUUAGUGCUCACAGCUGGAGGAAAUACUCUUUUAGUCCAUCUUGAAUUGCAGGCUGCAAAAUUAAUUCUACCCUGAUUUGCAUGGCAUUCUGAAAACAAUAGAAGAAAAAGUUGGAGGAAAUUUAAAGAAGCAGUAAAGAAUUAGUUGGUUUUAAAAGCUGGGGAUUAGACUUGUAAUUCUGUUCAUCAAAAAAUUUAUUUGAAAUGCUUCUUCAGCCAAUAUUCACAUUUUUGUUUUCCAUUUUCUUCAUUUUCACAGAAUUUCAAUUCUUUGUCUUUCAAAUACAUAUUUAGUUUAUUACUGUGUUACUUUUUAAUUUAAUUUAACCUUUCUUUUUCAAAGAAUAUGUUUGCAUUUGUUUUGUGCGUGUUGCUAGUGGAACAACAUGAACUCAUCACCCCUAUCCAGUCUCUAUACUCAAUACCUUUUUUCACUAAUGUCCACCUAAAUUUUACAGAGAAGAUUGUUAUGUAUAUGAAAAAGAUCAGAAGUAAACAUUACCACUUUCAGUGCAGUUGAAUUUGUUUGAAUAGUAUACACAAGGCUGAUUUUUCAGAGAAAGCUGUGUAGCUUCGUGCAAAGUAGUUGGUUAUUACUUUGUGUUGGAAUUGUAGAUGCUUUUCUGAUGUUGACUUUGUUUUCUUGUGGUUAUGUUCAAGCAUUUGUUUUGCAAACUUAGGGACCCUGAGCUUCAACAGUACUGUAAUUGAACAAAUUAUUCUCCAUUUAUUCUCGUUUUUGGUUGCCCAUAAUAGCGAUCGGUUGCUUUACAAGAAGGGCUGUGCUUCUGUAUGUGUAUGCAAAAAUAACUUUUUGAUAAAAUGUAGAGGAGGCUUAAAAAAGCACACAACCAGAGCUCUCACUCAAGGCUGGCAGCCUUUUGGAUGGAACCAGUAGUGUUAAUGAGUCCUUUUUGUUGUAUAAAGAUUGUUGCAGUUUGUACAAAAUUUAGAGACACAGAUGUCUGUAUAUGUAUGUGUGUGUAUAUAUAUAUUUUUAUAUAGUAACUUAAUGUAUAAUAUUCCUAUUCAAAUGUAAACUAAUUUUUCUUUUAAAGUACAGUCUAUGUUGUCGUUAUGGGGGCUCAUGGGGAGAAAUGCAAGAGCUACUUUAGGGCAGUGAAUUUUGGGUAUGAUGGAGCACAAGUAGGAUGAAGGUGUGUGAAAAGCAAGGGUCCUACGGGGAGGGCUGAUGGGGCCCCAGUGGUAGGGGUGGGCUCUGGGGUUGAGAACCCAUCACAAAGGUUCGGUGCAGCUCCUGAGUCUGUCCACAGUCCUGUCUAUGCCAGUAGUGCAUAGUCUGAGUUCAUGGUAGGAACUUAAAGGUAUGGAAGAAAAGGGAAGCAUGUCCUGCCCUCAAAACCAACAAAACUGCUUGACUUCUGGUGAGUACCGGAGGCAGAUAAAUGACUUCCCAUAGUCUGAGAUGCCCAUUCUUAGCUUAUAAUAUGAAGAAACUCCUCUUGGAGCUUUAACCCAGGACUCUUUUUCUUUACAUGAUACCAGGAAAACAAAGCUUUUCUUCCCAACUGAAUUAACUUGCUGCUCUCCUCAUCCAUCUGACUGCAGCUCUGUCUACGUCAAGCAUACUCAGUAUCCAGCCAAAUGUCUCUUUCUUCGCACUUACUAAGGCUUCCACAGAAAUCCCAUCCCUCAGGUCCUCCAAUCUCAAUGUUUCACUGCUGGACUGUUGAAGCAGCUGCUGAGUUCCCUGCACAAUUAAAUAGUAGUGAGGUUUGCCCCUGUCAGUUUUUCUUCCUGUUUCCUCAGAAUCCUACGUCCAUAUGUUCCUUUUAAUUCCAUUAAUUUUUUUCCUUGCUUGCUCUGGGGGUCAUCGUCAUUACCUGGAUGAAUAUCAGGGACCCACAUUUCACAGGACAUCAUCACAUUCACAGCAACUGAAAGAUUUCAUAAAACAAGGAGGGAAAUGAUGGUUUCUGCCAGCUGUUAGGGCUGGGCUCUUUCAUACCACUUGAAUUCCUGAUUCUGGCUGUGGAUAGUAGCUGCCUGUUAACUUGUCUGUCUAUUGGCAAACUUACAAUUUUCUCCCUUAAGCCUAUCCAAGCAGAUAUGUUCUCAGAUGUCUAGGCAGGAAAAAUCUGUUCCAUUAGGGAUAGAAAGUGUGAUAUAGCUGAGGAUGGUGCCGUGAAAAGUUACUGCUCUUCACGGAUCUCUGAUGAGAAAAUUGUCUUUGAUCUGCCCUGCCCUUUUGAACAAAGCUUUCUUAGGAAUAGACUUCAGAGCCUGUGCCAUCAGUAACAAUUAUCUUCUCCCAGCAACAGUGCACCUCAUUAAUGAAUGAAACAAGCAUUAUGUAAAGCAGGCUGGAUUUUUUAGGUCAGAAGCUAUCCAGGUGGUCUAUCCAACAGCAGCAACUAAGGUAUGAUUUGAGGGGAGGAGGAGGGGAAAGCAAAAAUCUCACCACCUAACAGGAGUGUAUGUGUGUGCAUUUGGGUUUUUUCCAAUGUAAGCUCUUACGUCUAAUAUCUCAUUCCAUUUCUAAUGCACAUGACAAAUGACAUGUUUAUUUUCUGGAGGGAUUUGAUGUGUUUUCUGGAGAGACUUCAAAAGAGUGAUCAUAAAUAGUACUGCUGUAUCAUACAAAGUAUCAGUGUGUGUUUGUCAUCUAGGACCCCAUCCUGUACAGAAGGGGGUUUAAAAGCAUGGAAAGCUUUCUGAGUAUGAAUACUGAGUGUCCUUGUCCUAAGGAGUCUUCCCUGGACAGAAGAAUAGGAGCUGUAGUAGUUAUUCUCAUCAGCAGUCUGUUAGCCUCUGCUAGAUAGAAGAACUUUGCAAAAAGCGUGCAUAUGAUAGCCUCUUUAUGGAAGUUACCUUUGGAUACUUAAUAGUUUUGAAUUAUAUAUGCAUAGAGGAUUGUAAGUAUCUUAAAAAAAAUAAAAUGCAGACAGAACUAUAAUUGUUUGCAUGUAGUUCUUUAAUACAGCUUUAAUUACACCUAGCUGUGGUUAAAUGAUGCAGAUAUUUUAGGGCACGUGUAAUCAGAUGUGGAUAAUUGGAAUUCAUGUUUUUACUACAACCAUCCUUAGCUCUCUGCAGCGCAGCUCAGUUGGUCAUUUGGCAUGUACUGGCUUCUGUUAAUGACAUUCUGCCUGUUUAAACAAGACCAUGCUGUUCUAAGCAAAUUAAAUUUGUCUCUCUUCCUGAUCUUUUUUCUAAUAGGGAUUGAUAAGGCUCAUCAGAGGAUGGAAAUCUGUUUGUCGUAUAGUGCUUUCAUAAGAGUUGAUUCCUGGGUCCUCACUGUGAAGGAGCUAGAGAGCUAUUUGAUCUGCCAUUUGGACAUUUUUCUAAUGUACUUGAAUUGCUAUAGCAGGACAGUGUCACUACAGCAUAAAUUACCUCUAAAAUACUGUUAAAAUUUUAGCUCUAUCCUUUGUUGAAAUGUUGAUAGUUAGUGGCUUCAGGAAGGAUCACAGACUUGCUUCUGCAUUUUGCAGAACAGUCUUUGUCUCUAGAUACUAUUUAAAAUGUAAUUAGCUGUGGCAGUCACAUGGCAGCAGGAGAGCCAGGAACAGAGGUGCGUGUUGGCAGAUCGGUAAGAGAGAGAGAGAAGUUCGGUUUCAGUGUCCUCAUGCCAGACUAACACUCUCUGUGCUAGUCCUGAAUGCACCCUUCAGAAACAAUGAUUUGUCUUUGUGUGCUGACAUAGCUGUUCUUGCCCACUCAAGAAGUUCUACAAGCCUGCAAGGGACAUGGAGAGCAUGAAGAAGGUGUGUAAGAUUUUAUGAGAGGACCAGCAUGAAUGGAACAGAGGAGAUUAAAGUUUGAUGUCGUAACUUCUAUUUAACCUACAUUCUUUGGUGGGAGGAAGAGGAUUGAAGUUUGAUGGCAUAACUUCUGUUUAACCCACAUUCUUUGGUGAGAGGAAGAGGAUUUUUCAACAGAAAAUAAAAGUAAAUCUUCCUUUUCAGAAGUAUUAGUAUUACUGUGUCUCUGAUCUGCUUGACAAGAUGCCCAGCAUUUGGACAGAUCUCAAUGUUUAUGUUUUUAUGAGUAUGUACCAAAGUGCUAAUGAAUACUCAUCUAUGCAUUGCCAUCUUUGCAAGUCAUAGUGAAAUUGUAGGCCAGUGGCACCUCCUAGUCUUUUUAUUGUCUGUGUACAUUUUCUUAAAGUAAAUGAAAGCUUGUUUAAUAAAGAAGCAGUGUAGAGCUUUUGUCUGAAGUCCUUUCAGAGAUAUGUUUUUUACAGAGUAAACUUUAACCUUAAAUGAGUAAUGUUAUAUACUUCUAACCCUGAAAUAACCUAAAAUAACCUAAGCCUUUUUAAUCGUUUUUUUCUUUUUAUCCAGAACAUGAAACAUUCCAAACUGCACCUCAAAACCGAGCCUGAAAGGUUUGGCACUUUUCUUCCUCUGUAGGUGAUCUUCCAUCUGUGCUAUAAUUAUCACUGUGUUCAGUGUCUUCAACAAAAAAAAAUCAGCAGCUACAGAAUGAAACUUGCACAACAGAAGGGGUGGAGUGGGAAACAGGCAUGACACCAGAAUCCACACUUAUGACUUCUCCCAUCACAUGAGGGCACUUUUUUGUUUGUGUAAUGUAUCUGGUCACUUGGCAGCAUGUCAGUAACAAUAUCUGCAAACUAUAGUUGGUUUAUUAACAUCCAUGUCACAUCAGUUCUAGCUGUGGCAAAUUUUCUUUGUGCAUGGAAUUUGCAUUGGUUCAGUGAAACCGAUGGGUGUCAAAAAUGGUCAGAUCUUGUGAACUGAGAGCCUUCGGCUGUGAAUUUGAUCUUAGUCUGAGCUGUGGACAAAUUCUGAGGCUAUGCCCCUGUGUUCUGCAGUGCUUGUUGAGCAGAAGACAAACCUUCUGGCUCCCAGGAACAGCUGCACUUGUCUUUCUGCCUGAUGCAAAGCUGCUCAUAUUAAUCUUUUGAAGGAUGGCUCAUGGAAUUCUGCUUUCCAGCUUAAGGGAAGCUAAAGGUCUCUGUAUAUGAAAACCUGAUGGACAAUGUACACAGAGAGUUGAGACCACCUGUGACAGUCACCCUCAAGCAUGCUGUAAUUUAGGAAUGGGAGCUGAUAGGAGGAAUAAGCAACUGAAGAAUAUAAUGCUAAAAGUAGGCAUUCUUGCUCUUUAUAUAGUACCGCCCUUAUACAAUAUGUUUCCUUGAACAUCUUGAGAAAUACUGGCCAGCAGUGGGAGGAAAACUAAUCUCAAUUUCUCCCCACCCCCAACUUUGAGUUUAACAGUGCUUUUGGAAAUUAAUCACAAGUUUGGCCUCAAAAUCUCUCCUAGAUCUAAUUCAGUUUUGCUUUGUCAGGUUAUUGUUAACUUACGUAAAUUUAACUUUUUCUCACAGCUAUUCUCUUAAAGCUAAAAUGAAAUGGGAGAGAGAAUUGGAAAUUAAUUAUUUAUGUUUAUUACAGAUGACACUUUUCAGUUUUCUGAAGUGUGCAGGUGUUUCUUCCUUGGCUUCCACUUUUCUGUCUUAGUUCACUAUGUUUUGGAUGUUUUCUCAGGAUCACUUACCUCUGAGAGUACUCCAGAUAACUGUCAAGAGACCAGAGCACAGAAGAGAAGAAGAAGGGAAGUUUGCAACAAGCUGCUUACAGGAGAUAAAAAGCUCUCAAAGUUACAGCUGAAGAUUGCAUUUUCUUCUGGCUGAAAUGGCUCACUGUAGAUGGUAAAUGUUUUUUUUAAUAUACAACUUCUUAGUCAUUGAUUUUGUUAUUAUUUAUUCUCUAAGAUCACAUCUAAUAAAAGCUAGAAGGGUAAUCAUGUAUGUUUGCUUUUAUCUUCAGUGCAGUAGUUAUCUUCUGAAUGCAAGCUGGUCUGACAACUCCAUGUUCUUGACUGUUGACAAAGCUAAAAGUUACCACAUCUGAGGUGUUUUGUACAUGGAAGGAGAUGGAGAAAGUGGGAACUUUCUUAACCUUCUUACUUCUACUGAGAACAGAUCAUCUGUGGAAAGAGGGCUUUACCAGUUUUAAAUCAAUAUCUUCACAAUAAUUUGGUGGGUGUACAGGUUUUUCAUGUCAGAUGCUGCUGCAUGUCUAACUUUGUACGUAAUACAAGCCAUAAAAUUACCUCUUGCUGGCCUACCCAUAUUGGGGUUUUUUGUGUCCUGUCACUGUACUCAUACUUGGUGCUUUUUGGGAGUGGGGGAAGUGUUUUAGAUGUUCUCAUCUUUCACUUUUCUGCCUUUCUCCUAUUGCUUCUUUCUCCUUUCUAGAGCACUAUAGAAACAAAUUUCUCAUUUUAAAAAACUGUGCUAUCCUCAGUUUCCCACGUUUGGGGAUAAAUUUCCUCUCUGCCUUACUGUGCUGGAGGUUGAUUCCUUACAUGACUGAAAUGUAAGAUGCCAUUAUGUUUUGCUUAAGGAGGGAGAGAUACUGGGGUGAAUUCUACUGUCCCCUUCACUCCAGAAGUUCUCACGGGAACUGUGAGAACCUGCCACAGGUUCUGCUUCUGCAUCUCCACAGAGGCCAGCACAACUGCAGAGCUGUGCUGAUGAGAGCACUGUUGUGCACUGUGUGCACCAGCACGUUAUCAGUACAAAGAACUGUCCGUCUCUCCCUUACGUUGUUUCGAAUCCUGAUCAGUCUCAGGGUCUGGCCCACUGUGCCCCCACAAAUGACUCUUUGAGCACAGCUUGAAAGAGAGCAGAGGAGAGGGUGUGGAAGUUCUUAAUCUCCAGGUUGUAGUUUGUGCUUCUGUACUGGGUACAGGUGCCCAGGUGUGGGUGACCCUGUGCAGGACAUAGCUGGUUCCAGACAGCUCUGCAAUGGACCCACUGCAGGGAACAGCUGAGCACGUUGGUGAAGCUGCUGGCACAUCUGUGGAAGUGUAUUUAAGACAGGGCAAAAUGCUGCAUGGCAGAGAGGAAUGAGGAAGAAGGUGAGAAAAACGGUCCUCUGAACACCAAGGUCAGAGAAGGAGAGGAGGAAUUGCUUCAGGUGCUGGAGUGUGCAUUUCCUUGCAGACUGUGGAGGAUCACAUGCCAGAGCAGGUGGAGAUUUUUCUGAAGGAACUGCAGUCCGUGGAGAGGAGCCAUGCCAGAGCAGGCUUAUGCCGAAGGACUCCAGCCUGUGGAGAGCCUGCAUGGAAGCAGGCUUAUGCUGAACAACUGCAGCCUGUGGAGAGGAUCCAUGAUGGAGCAAGGGAAAAGUGUGAGGAUGGAGUGAUAGAAAGGAGCUGUUACAGACUGACUGCAACUUCCCCAUUCCACUUUACCCUGUGCUGCUUUGGACAGAGGGAGGCAGAGAAGUUGGGGGUUGAAAGUGUGAAGUUGAGUCUGAGGAAAGAGGGGAGCAUGAAGGGAAGGUGCUGAUUUAAUUUGCAUUUGUUUCUCACUGAUUUAAUCUAUUUUAAUUGGCAAUAAAUUAUUUUUUCUGACAUUGAAUCAAAUAUUGAAAUUUACAUCUGGACUCAGUGGAAAAUGCUUACUGAUUUUUGUUUGAUCACUGCAAGUCACUUUUGCUUUUAAUUUUUUAAGUAAGACAAUUCUUAAGGAUUUGAAGGAUUCAUUCUGUGUGUAGAAAGGAGUGUAACUUGUUUGAAUCAGAAGUUGCAUUUCUGGAUGUAUUCUGGUUAGGCCUUUCAAGUUCUGCUGGUUCACCUCUUCACUGGAGUAAAGCUCAGAUGGAGAAUUAACUCAGGAACAGGUCCAAUCCAUUACAUUUCAGCUGGAAAAGAAUACCAGCCAUAUUUUUACAGGUUUGAGCAUGGAAGAAUCAUUCUGAGGAGAGGAUGCUGCAUCAUGGAUUCUACUUUAUGGUAACUUUGGUAGUGCUGUUCUUACAGAUGUUAAGGAUGCAGCAUUUUUACAGCAUUUUGUUUGUCUGUGCUUCAGAAUGGAGCAAUGUUUGCAGUGAAGCAGCAUCUUGGGUGAAAGUGCUGUUAACUUUGGGAAAAGAAAUAAACAAACCUUGGGAUUGAGAUUUCUAUUGUCGUGCUUUUCAGAGAUUAUUUUCCUGAAUGAGAAGGGAACUUCCUUUAGAGGGUAGGUUUUAUAUGUGUGUUCUUAACUCCACCUGUGAAAAAUAUCUGGCACUGGACACCAAGGGUAUCAAGACAGGGUACUAGCUGACAUGACACACUUAAUGGUUUCUAUUGGGGGCACUGUUUGGAAUACAAAAUUUACGGAUAGCUUCCUAACAUUAGCUCAGUUAAUCUAUUUUUUCCCCUCUUUUCACAUCUCACUAUGAAAGGAAGAUUCUCUGUUAAAAGGAAGAUGGUGAAUUUUUAGUUGUCUGUCUGGAGGAUACAAAGCUAUUUGUGGUGGAUAAAGAAGACUUCUUUGAUAAUAAAUUAGAUGAGCUUCAGAAAGAAUUGCACUGUCAUUAUAACUUCAUCAAGUGAUGUCUUCCAGUGAUAUCACACACUGUUGAUUAUUGUCUUAUGGUUUAUUUACUGUAUCAUUUAUUCAUUAGGCUUUUUUGGCUGUGUCAAGGCCAUAGAAGUAAUACAUGUGGCACUUCUCUU